AUGUUCACCCCAAAUCCCAUCAUCGAACACUUCAAUACGGAUGCCGCAGUUUACGAAUCUCGCACAGGUGGCUGCACGCGUGAGCUGGCGGAGCAUUGUAUUGGUCUCGCCGAGAACAUCAAGCCCAUAGAUGACAAAUCGAUAAUCCUCGACAAUGCCUGCGGCACCGGCAUCGUCAUUGACACACUCCUCCAGUCUAGAUCCGGCUCGGCUGUUCAGCCAGAAAUUCAUGCUGUCGAUGGCGCCGAGAACAUGGUUCGCAUCACGGCAGAGAGGAUUCCUUCUGGCACCAAAGCCCACACCGCGACAAUGAUGGGAGAGGAGCUAGCCUUCCCUGACGGCACCUUCAGCCACUCGUUUACCAACAUGGGCUUGAUGUUCUUCACCGACCCGGCCAAAGGAGCCAGGGAGAUCUGGCGCACGUUGCAGCCCGGCGGGGUUGCCGUAGUCACCACCUGGACGGCACCCCGAAACGUCGACGUUAUCCGCGAAGUGCAGAUGCAGAUCAAGCCCGAGGACCCGCCUUUCCAGGUCCCAGUAUCGCCUGAAUGGCUGAAAACAGAACAUACAGUCGGCUUGCUAGACCAAGCCGGGUUCCGGGACAUUCAGGCCAGUGAGGUCGAGGUCCACUUCGGCGCAGAAACAGCCGAGGUUGUGGCGGACAUCUUGAUGAAGGGGAUGGGCGCGAUGGUGUUUGCCGCAUGGACGGAUACCGAGAGGAAGAAGGCGAGCGAGUUCAUAGUGGAUGCUGUGAACAAGGUCGCGGUAACUUUCACGAGAGGAGACGGUCAAGGUGUUGGGAUACAGCUCAGGGCAGGUAUUAUUAUUGGACGAAAGGAGUGA